AUGUCGGAAAUUAACAAAUUGAAAAAAAUAGACAUGCUUUCAACAUCGUCUUCAUCUAUCCCAUCACUUCUAUCAAUAAAGGAUAACAUUACUGAUUUGUCAAAACAACAGCUUAGCUUAGCAAGAAAUAAGGGAAAGCAACAAACUGACUCUGAAGAGAAUCCACACCAGCAAGCGAUAACUGAGGAUAUUAUAAAGAAUGAUGAUAAAUCAAAAAAAGAAUCCAGAACAAUUAUCGAUGGCACUAUAAAUGAUCAAAUGGAUCGGACUUUGACAGCAACCGAUGUUGAUUCCAUAGCAACUUACUCGGAGCAAAUAGAAAGUAAUUUAGCAUUAUCCUCUUCAUUUAUUACAGCAAAAAGCACUGAAAAUCAAAUCAUGAACCAGCAACAAAUUGACAUAAAAAAAUUGGAUGAUUUAUCGAUUCUCUUUGACAAUACUAUCAAAUAUAAUGAAAACUUUGAAACAAAUUUCAUGAAAUUUUUUACAAUUCUUUCCGAAAAAUCGCAAACACCCUCUGAUAAAAUAGAAUUUUGCAAAGUUUAUAAGACAAUAUACAACACCGAAAAUUUUUAG